CCGCGCGGCGACAUCGGCGGCGUGACAGGUGCAGAGUCCCCGCCGAGAGCCCCCAGCGGCUGCGGCGGCGAUGCCCACCAUGCGGAGGACCGUGUCGGAGAUCCGCUCCCGCGCGGAGGGUUAUGAGAAGACUGAUGAUGUUUCAGAGAAGACCUCAUUGGCUGAUCAGGAGGAAGUUAGGACUAUAUUCAUCAACCAACCUCAGCUGACAAAGUUCUGCAAUAACCAUGUCAGCACUGCAAAGUACAACAUAAUCACAUUCCUUCCGAGAUUUCUCUACUCUCAGUUCAGAAGAGCUGCUAAUUCAUUUUUUCUCUUUAUUGCACUGCUUCAGCAAAUACCUGAUGUGUCACCAACAGGUCGUUAUACAACACUGGUUCCUCUCUUAUUUAUUUUAGCUGUGGCAGCUGUCAAAGAGAUAAUAGAAGAUAUUAAACGCCAUAAAGCUGAUAAUGCUGUGAACAAGAAACAGACACAAGUUUUGAGAAAUGGCGCUUGGGAAAUUGUUCACUGGGAAAAGGUAAAUGUUGGAGAUAUAGUUAUAAUAAAAGGCAAAGAGUAUAUACCUGCUGACACUGUACUUCUCUCAUCAAGUGAGCCCCAGGCCAUGUGCUACAUUGAGACAUCCAACUUAGAUGGUGAAACUAACUUGAAAAUUAGACAGGGCUUACCAGCAACCUCGGAUAUCAAAGACAUUGACAAUUUGAUGAGAAUUUCUGGCAGAAUUGAAUGUGAAAGCCCAAACAGACAUCUCUACGAUUUUGUUGGAAAUAUAAGGCUUGAUGGACAUGGCACCGUUCCCUUGGGAGCAGAUCAGAUUCUUCUUCGAGGUGCUCAGCUGAGAAAUACUCAGUGGGUUCAUGGAAUAGUUGUCUACACUGGACAUGACACCAAGCUGAUGCAGAAUUCAACAAGUCCACCGCUUAAGCUCUCCAAUGUGGAAAGGAUCACAAAUGUACAGAUUUUGAUUUUAUUUUGCAUCUUAAUUGCCAUGUCUCUUGUCUGUUCUGUGGGUUCAGCCAUUUGGAAUCGGAGGCAUUCGGGAAAAGACUGGUAUCUCAAUCUAAACUAUGGUGGCGCUAAUAAUUUUGGCCUGAAUUUCUUGACUUUCAUUAUCCUUUUCAACAACCUCAUUCCAAUCAGCUUGUUGGUUACAUUAGAAGUGGUGAAAUUUACUCAGGCAUACUUCAUUAAUUGGGAUCUUGACAUGCACUAUGAACCCACAGACACUGCUGCUAUGGCUCGAACAUCUAAUCUGAAUGAGGAACUUGGCCAGGUUAAAUACAUAUUUUCUGACAAAACUGGUACCCUGACAUGCAAUGUAAUGCAGUUUAAGAAAUGCACCAUAGCAGGCAUUGCUUAUGGCCAUGUCCCUGAACCUGAGGAUUAUGUGUGCUCUCCUGAUGACUGGCAGAGCCCACAGACUGCAGAUGAGAAGACAUUCAGUGAUUCAUCAUUGCUGGAAAACCUCCAAAAUAAUCAUCCAACUGCACCUAUUAUAUGUGAGUUUCUUACCAUGAUGGCAAUCUGCCACACAGCAGUACCAGAACGAGAGGGUGAAAAGAUCAUCUACCAAGCAGCGUCUCCAGAUGAGGGAGCACUGGUCAGAGCUGCCAAGCAGCUGAACUUCGUCUUCACUGGAAGAACACCUGAUUCGGUCAUCAUCGAUUCGCUGGGGCAGGAAGAACGAUACGAAUUACUCAAUGUCCUGGAGUUCACCAGUGCUAGAAAGCGAAUGUCAGUGAUUGUCCGCACUCCAUCUGGGAAGUUAAGACUCUAUUGCAAAGGAGCUGACACUGUAAUUUAUGAACGACUUGCAGAGACUUCAAAAUACAAGGAAAUCACCUUAAAGCAUUUAGAACAGUUUGCUACUGAAGGGCUGAGAACUUUGUGUUUUGCUGUGGCUGAGAUUUCAGAGAGUGACUUCCAAGAAUGGCGAGCUGUGUACCACCGAGCAUCCACAUCUGUGCAGAACAGGCUGCUAAAGCUGGAGGAAAGCUACGAGCUCAUUGAAAAGAAUCUGCAGCUACUUGGAGCUACAGCCAUUGAGGAUAAAUUACAAGAUCAAGUGCCUGAAACCAUAGAGACACUAAUGAAAGCGGACAUCAAAAUCUGGAUCCUUACAGGGGACAAGCAAGAAACUGCCAUUAACAUAGGGCAUUCCUGCAAACUGCUGAAGAAGAACAUGGGAAUGAUCGUCAUCAAUGAAGGCUCCCUUGAUGGAACGAGGGAAACUCUGAGCCGGCACUGUACAACCCUUGGGGAUGCUCUUCGGAAAGAGAAUGACUUUGCUCUCAUCAUUGAUGGAAAGACGCUCAAGUAUGCCUUAACCUUUGGAGUCCAGCAGUAUUUCCUGGAUUUAGCUCUCUCAUGCAAAGCUGUCAUUUGCUGCAGGGUUUCUCCUCUUCAAAAAUCUGAAGUCGUGGAGAUGGUUAAGAAGCAAGUCAAUGUGAUAACUCUUGCAAUUGGAGAUGGCGCCAAUGACGUCAGCAUGAUUCAAACGGCCCAUGUGGGUGUGGGAAUAAGUGGCAAUGAAGGCUUGCAAGCAGCCAAUUCUUCUGAUUAUUCCAUAGCCCAGUUCAAGUAUUUGAAGAAUUUGUUGAUGGUUCAUGGUGCCUGGAACUAUAACAGAGUCUCUAAGUGUAUCCUGUAUUGCUUCUACAAGAACAUAGUCCUCUACAUCAUUGAGAUCUGGUUUGCCUUUGUCAAUGGCUUUUCUGGACAGAUCCUCUUUGAAAGAUGGUGUAUAGGUCUUUAUAAUGUGAUGUUUACGGCUAUGCCUCCUUUAACUCUUGGAAUAUUUGAGAGAUCGUGCCGAAAAGAGAAUAUGCUGAAGUAUCCUGAACUAUACAAAACAUCUCAGAACGCUCUGGACUUCAACACCAAGGUUUUCUGGGUUCAUUGUUUAAAUGGCCUCUUCCACUCAGUUAUUCUAUUUUGGUUUCCACUAAAAGCCCUGCAGUAUGGUACUGUGUUUGGAAAUGGGAAAACAUCUGACUACCUGCUUCUGGGAAACUUUGUGUACACUUUUGUAGUGAUAACUGUGUGCUUGAAAGCUGGAUUGGAAACUUCAUAUUGGACAUGGUUCAGCCACAUAGCAAUAUGGGGCAGCAUUGCCCUCUGGGUGGUGUUUUUCGGAAUCUACUCAUCUCUGUGGCCUGCUGUUCCCAUGGCUCCCGAUAUGUCUGGAGAGGCAGCCAUGUUGUUCAGCUCCGGAGUCUUCUGGAUGGGCUUGUUCUUCAUCCCUGUGGCGUCCUUGCUCCUGGAUGUAGCCUACAAAGUCAUCAAGAGGACUGCUUUUAAAACAUUAGUAGAUGAAGUUCAGGAGCUUGAGGCAAAAUCUGAAGACCCUGGAGCAGUCGUACUUGGGAAAAGCCUCACGGAGAGGGCACAGUUGCUCAAGAAUGUCUUUAAGAAGAACCAUGUGAACUUGUACCGAUCAGAAUCCUUGCAACAAAACCUGCUCCACGGAUAUGCUUUCUCGCAAGAUGAAAAUGGAAUUGUUUCACAGUCUGAGGUGAUUAGAGCCUAUGAUACCACGAAACAGAGGCCUGAUGAGUGGUGAUGGGUUAAGGGCUGAGAAGCAGGCCCUACUGCGUCUCUAAGGAGAGCUCCCACAAGCUGAGGUCAUCACCACAAUCUGCUGACCAGUUCUACUCUGGUCCCCGGAGAGCAAAGGUGGAUCUGAGCUCAUCUCAUGGAUGGACCUUCAGAUUCAUGUACACCAUGGACAUGAGCACUGUGCAACUACUGUAACACCAUCUCUCUCAGAUUUUUUUUAAGUGUUUGCUAAGGUGUGUGAACAGAAAUUGAAAAUGACCUUGGUACUUUGCCCAGUGUUCUCUCCGGCUGAGGACAGGUCAGUGCUCUCAAGCCAUGGCUCUGGAUCUGUAACUUAAUUUCUUGGUGAUACCACAAGGCAACCAUCCUUAAAAAAAAAUUCUAAAAUGGUAUUAAGUUAAAUGGACUCUUGAUAUCCAGACUUCGCUUUCAGGUCAUGCUGAAACAAACCAGCUUUCUUAAGGAACUGACUCACAUUACUGAACAUUUCUAAACAAGGCAUUAAUACAUGUUUGUGUCAAAAAUUGUCUUGCUAUAUGUUUGCCAAAGAAGUUCAGUAAGUGGAUUUCUCAUCAGUAGUCAUUUGCCCAGAAAUUUAAGAGAAAGUUGACGCCAGUGCUGCUAUGAGAUCUGCAUGCUUGACUUUUCAAAUGUGAGAGUGAUUUGCAAAAAAUGAAUUCUUUCCAGGCAUUUGCUACUAAAAUUUGUGAUGUGGCACCUUUCAAGCCUUACGAGUACUUCUUUAUUAUUUGUCUUGUUUAUUUGUUCUUGUUAGAGGACGCAGGUGUCAAUGUGAGUUAGUGCUAUAACACUGAUUUUUUUUUUGAACUUGUAUUUGUGUCUUGGUCAUUUCUGAUAAACUUGGAUCAUCUUUCAGAUUUUUCUAAAAAAUUCAGCUUCGGCGAUAAAUUAAGUGAUGUCAUUUUGUCUACAAGUUUUCCCUCUUAAGAAAAUUAUGCUUCCAUGUUUAUGUGAGAUUUCCAAAGCUUCUGUUUCAGUGUGUGGAAUAACACAUCAGAUAAAUGCAUGGGCUUUUGUAAUGUACAUAGGCUCAGCUAUUGUAAGGUGUUUGGGUUCUCGACUAAUAUGUUGUGCACUCGGUGUAUGGUGACAGUCCAUGUACUUCAUACUGGAAAUUAAUUCACAGCUCGAUGCUCCAGCAAAUCCCCAUAAUUAGUUAUGUUCUAUUUAUUGAGACAAAUAAGUAGGGCCUCCCCCCUCCCGCCCCACCUUUCAAAAAUAUCUACUUUACUAAGUCUUGUAACUUUAUAAUCAAAGAACAUUUUUCAUCAGAAUAGGGCUUGUUAGUAUGUUUUACAAGGUACAUUCAGUUUAAUUCUUUUCAACAUUUCCAUGACCUCACCCGAAAAUGCCUAUUUUGCUACCAACAAGAAAUGGCGAAGGGGCUGUUUAAAAAAAAUACAACCAGUUUUCUACACUAUUUUUAAAAUAAUACUUUCAUUUAAAGUGUUAAAUAAGGAAUUCUAGUUUUCAGAUACACUUCAGAGAUUGAAGCAGACUUUUUUGCCUUCUAUUCAAAAGCCUGUUUGCCUUUAAGUGGACUUACCAGCAAAAUAGGUUAGAUAAGACUCUUGUAUAACAUGUGAUUGGGAUGGAAUAUGACUGGGUAUGCCUUCUUCGUCACAUAGUCCAAUUUUUGAAUUAUCGACUUUAAAUUGGUCUCUUUACUUAAAAGUAUAGAGAAUUGAGAAGAGAGAUGAUUGUUAAAAUUGUCCUCUGAGUUUCAUCAUUGCACAUUAUUUUCUUUCUUCUCAAUUUAAAAACAGAAUACGUAUCUUUUCCUUCUCUGUAUUUGUAGCUAGUUGCCAGUAUGCUACAUUUUUGAGAAAUGAGGUUGUGACACAUGUGCAUAUUUCUAACCAAAAGGGAAGAAAGAGUUUAAUACUUCACUUCUCAGAUCCUUCCCAUCAGGCUCCAGAUUAAGAGAAUCAUGAAUCAGAACAUCUAGCAAAACUACAGACAUGCAGUCUCAAAUUGUCUUCAAAAUCCUAAAAGUCAUAGUCUUUCCUUUUACUAAAUAGAUCUCCAGAGUCUUGCUUAUCCUGAGCUUCUCAAGGGUGAUAGGUGAAGUCAGACCCCAAAAUUUAGAAAGAAUACAGUGCAUUCCUCCAGAGAAAAGCCUCCCAUCCAUUACACCAGGGGCACCCUCCUCCAGCAUUUUAAUAACAGAAUGGUACGAAUAAAAUAGAACUGAAAUUUCUGGCUAGAACAUAAAAAUUUUAAGUUAGAUUUUCAUCUUGAAACAUGAAUCCUUUUUAUGAUACUGUUCCACAUGAAACUAUUUGUGGUUAAUUGUGAUCUGAAAUGUACUGUUUAUGCCAUUGUAUUCCAUGGAGCUAUAUUUCUGAAUUAUCAACAUUGAGUUAAUAAUCUCUUUGCUUCUUGGGUUGGGAUAUGUGGAAUAGGGUAAGGGAGUCACCACUUGGAAAAUGUAGCACUGUAAUUACAGUGACUUUAUAGAAAUGAGAGGAAAAUGCUCCAAGUUUUAUCCUUCCUGAAUUGGGGGGAGGGGAAAGAGAUAAUAUGUGGUUUACCAGGACUCAGAAAACCAACCAGUCAGAGUGACUUUUUUUUUUUUUUGGUGCCAGUCCUGGGGCUUGAACUCU